AUGUUAUUCGAGAUUGUUGUAGCCGCGGUAGUUAUCGCGUUUCUAUGCUGGAAUUUGAUGCAAGACUCAGACUACGUGUUACGAUUUUAUGAGGCGUUCGGCAAAUCUGAUGAAAAUUUGCGGGGCAAAGUGGCAUGGAUCACAGGAGCUGGAAGCGGAAUCGGGAAAGCACUGGCUUUGCACUGGGCCUCGAAAUCCGUUCGUUUGGUCCUCACUGAUCUCAAUUCAGACUCACUAGAAAAGGUGAAAUCCACGAUCGGCACCAUGAAAUCCCCGUGCACAGGCAUUGAGGAUGUUCUUCUGCUUUCCGGGGAUGUGACAGUGAGAGAGAAUCAUUCGAAAUGGUUCAGCAGUGUGAUGAACAAGUUCGGUACCUUGGACAUCUUGGUCAACAACGCUGGUCGAAUGGUGCAAGGAGAAUUCUCGCAAGUGGAUGUCCUCCUGGACGAAGCAAUCAUGAGCUUGAACACGAUGUCUGCUGUCGGUUUAACUAAGGAAAUUCUCCCCCAUUUUAUAUCCCGAAAAUCUGGACAUUUUGUGCAAAUCGCCAGCGUGAUGGCGUAUAUGACUGCUCCGAACGUUUCCUCAUAUUGCGCAUCGAAGGCUGCCAUUCAUGCGUACAUGAAUAGUCUUCGGAUGGAAGUCAGCAGUAACGGCAUUCACGUAACUGUCAUUUGUCCUGGCGCAGUGACGACGAAUUUCGUUUCGAACAGUUGGAAGGCACUUGAA